AUGUUUUACCAAAAAUUGCAAGAUGAGAAAGAUUCAACGGAUGUCAAUCGUUUCUGUAGUAACGUAUUUAAUACAUAUACUAAUAAAUAUCCGUGGCUUUAUAAAAUUUGCGGACAACUCAUAAAAAACGUGGAAUUGGUACGAGAUGACAGUGACUAUACUUUUCGUAGGAAGCAUUGCUUUGAUAUAAAUUAUUGGCUCUAUGAUGAAAUAUAUAAAAAACUUGAGUCUACUAACAAGGAAAGCGAUUUUCGGGGUAUCAUUAAACUUUUUGAUACAACAUGGAAAAAAUUUAUUGGUUAUAGUUAUGAUAUAAAAAGUGAUGAGGUAUGUUUUCCAAAUAUAACUUUAUUUAGGGAUAACUUUUUGACAUAUUUAAAACAAUUGAAGAAUUUUUUGGAUUAUAUUGAAAAUUAUAAUUUCAUUAAAAGGGAAAUUGGGAAAAGUACAUAUUACGCAUGUCAAAAAUAUUUCGAUUAUCUUAAAGAGAGAAUUCCAUUAUUUUUCUCCUUUGAACCGUUAUGUAGAAAGCACGGAAGUAACAUUUGUACAGAUUAUAUUCAAGGUUAUUUCUUAUCUGAUCCAAGAAAACUCUUUACUAAUUAUGAAUUAUCUAAACUAUAUUUUCAAUCGUGGUGGAAUCCUUGUUAUAAAAAGGUUUUAAAUGUAUUCUAUGAUUUCAAAAAAUCACCUACGGAAUUCAUAGCAAGGUAUAAUGAAUAUGUUAAACCGUUCAGUAAUAACCCUGUACAACAAAAAGUAAAAUUAGCACAAAGUGGUGAAGUGAAACCUCCUAAUGCUGCAUCAAAUGCGAAAGCUGCGGCUGUAAGAGAAAUACCUGUUUCUGUGAAGCCACAAGAUGUUACAGCGCAACUGCCAGCUGUAAAUGUGCAAUUAACUGAUGAUACGGGGCAACCUAGAAGAAUUACAGUUCCACUGACAAGUGCGACAGUAACAACUGCAGCAUACUCAGAACAACUCGCAGAAAUGUCAAGUGACGUACAUAGCGAUGAUGGUAUUUUUACAAGAUUCAUAAAUGAGCAAGGAUUUCCAUUAAUUAAAAUUGUUUUGGUGCCAUUUCUUUCUGUAUUGUUAAUCACAUUGCUUAUAAAAGCUUUAUCGAAGUUCACUUCACUUGGAAACCUCUUCUCACGAAGACGUAAACGAAAAAAAAUAGACCUUCAGUAUAAUAAUUAUCCUGUAGACGGGGAUUUAAUAUUUGACAGUUAUGAUAGUUUUAGUACUAGUUCCGACGAAAGUGAACACAACAUAGCAUACAGUACUAUGUAA